UCCCACACAACAGAGAGAUGCGCACUGAGUUAUAAGACGAGGCGGUUGUUCAGUGCGGUAAAAAAAAUUGGGAAGAAAAGCAAUAAGCAAUAAAGAUCCUGCCGAAUAGGUUUUUUUUAAAGAGGAGUUGGACUUUCUUUUGAAAAGGCAUAUAAUUUCUCAUAAGCAGAUGAAUUUUGAGCAGCCUCCUCCGUACCAGGCCCCUGGUUACCCCCAGCAGGGUUACCCCCAGCAGGGAUACCCCCAGCAGGGAUACCCUCCCCAGGGUUACCCUGUAAACAUGGAGCAACCUGGAGGAUUCCCUCCUCAAAACCCAGGCUACCCUGCUGGCCCCGGGGGACCUCCUGGACCCUACCCCGGCCAGGGACAAGCAGGCCCCUACCAGGAGGGCUACCCUGGACAGCCCCAGUUUGGAUGGCAAGGAGGACCACCCCCAGGACCCAUGUAUGGAGAGGCACCUAAAAACACAGUGUACGUGGUGGAGGAGAGAAGGAGAGAUGAUUCAGGAGACACGUGUCUGACUGCCUGUUGGACGGCUCUCUGCUGCUGCUGCUUGUGGGACAUGCUCACAUAACCUCUGACCCCUGACAUUUACCCUUAUCUGCUUUGACCCUUACCCUUUACCUCCUAACCCUUAACCCAUAGUUCCUCUCAUCUGUAAUAGAAAACAAGUACUGGGAGAAAUAGAACACUAUGAGUAUCUGGGAAACCAGGCCUGGUAUUUAUAGCGGACUUUGAAAAGCCCUUUGAUAAAGUACAACCAGAAUUUAUAUGUAAAUGCCUGGACCAUUUUAAUUUUGGAGAGUCUCUUAUAAGAUGGCUUAAAGUUAUGUAUAGUAACCCCAGGUGUAAAAUAGCAAAUAAUGGCUACUUCUCGGGAAGUAUUACAUUGUCAAGAGGAGUAAAACAAGGUUGUCCACUAUCGGCAUAUCUAUUUAUUAUAGCCAUCAAAAUGUUAGCUAUUCAAAUCAGAUCCAACAAUAACAUCAAGGGACUAGAAACACAGGGCUUAAAAACAAAGGUGUCAUUGUACGCUGAUCAUUCAUGUUUUCUUUUAAAUGCGCAAUUUGGAUCCCUGCACAGCCUCCUAGAGGAUGUAGAACCUUUUCUAACCUCUGGAUUACAACCAGAAUGAUGAUAAAUGCACCAUAUUACGUAUUUGAUCACUAAAAAAGGCAACUUUUACAUUACCGUAUAGUUUACCAAUAAAAUGGUCUGACGAUGAUGUAGUGGACAUACUUGGUAAACAUAUCCCAAAAGAAAGAAAUGAUCCCGAUACAAUAUAUAUUUAUAGAAAGUUAGCCAAAUUAGAUACCAUUUUGCUACCAUGGAAAGGACGACAUCUGUUUAUUUGUGGAAAAAUUACCCUGAUUUAAUUUUUUUUUCAUAUCCCAGUUGACCUAUUUACUUCCUUAUGGCCCUGCCUACACCUAACGACUUGUUUAUUCAAUUAUAUGAGCAAAAAAGUUCCACCUUAUUUUUAAUGGUAAGCCGGAGAAAAGUCUCUAGCAAAUAAAACAAAAAAAGGUUUAAAAAUGUUAUAAUCUUCGUAAAUGAUAUCAUAAAUAGGACUGGUGGAAUUAUGUCACACAUGCAGUUAACAACAAAAUAUGGAAAUGUCUGCUCUCUCCAAAAUUACAACCAACUGAUGGCAGCAUUGUGGAAAGGGGAGGUAAGGAACGUGACUGUCGCCCCGGCAUUAAAGACCAAAAUUGGUUAAAGAAAAUUGUGGUAAAUAAAAAGUAUAACAGUUUCUUUUAAGGACCCAGAAAUUGACAGCUGCACCAUAAAGGAUGAUAAAUAGUUGGGAGAUUUUCAAUGUACUGAUUCCAUGGUACCUGGUUUAUGAACUGAUACACAAAACAACGCUAGAUUCAAAACUUUGCGUUUUUCCAUUUAAAUUAUUAUCCACAAUUCUGGCAACCAACAUAAUGUCAUAUAUAUGGGAGAUACAACCAUCCCAGCUCGUCCGAUUUUGCUGUGAAGAGACAGAGACAUUAGAUCACUUGUUUUGGUACUGCCCUGAUGUAGCUUGUUUUUGGUCGGCGGUUCAGGAAUGGCAAAAAAAUGGCUACAUUUACCUGGAGCUCUCUCUGCAAAUAGCACUGCUGGGGGAUCUGAAAAGUCAUAGUCAAUUGAUCAAUAAUGUAAUAAUACUUUUAGCACAAUUUAAAAAAUGUAAUUUACAAUCUGUAGGAACUGAGAAUAUAAAGUUUCAGAGCUUUUGUGUAACAUCCCAGCACAGUGGAAAUCUAUAUAUAGAUGUGGGGGGUUGAGUGGAGCUGAAGGCUGGGAUGCUAAUGUAAAAUAUAUUGUCCAUAAAUUGUAGAUAGUAUGUAUAGGCAGGAAGUAGAAGCCUAAGUAUCGUUGUCCAUUAGUUUACUUCAAUUAGGGGAGUUGUGGUAGGGUUAGGGGAAAAUAAGAAAGUUAUUAAAAAGUCCCUCAUUUUAUCCUAACCCCUAACCCUGACCUACCUGUUACACUGUCCCUCCAUCUGGCCUUACUUCCUGUUAGUCCACCUCCUUCCUGUUAGUCCAAUCCUUCUCUCUCCCCCUAACUAUCAGCCUUACCCCUUGCACUCCUGCUUUCCUUCCCAAACGUCCAGCCUGAACCCCUGUGCCUCCUGAACAAUGUUAGCAUUAUAUUGAUAACCUCUAUGUAUCUAUCCUUGUGCUCCUACACCUGACCUAACCCCUCUGUAGCAGUUUAGCUACAAUACCUUCCCUAAAUCUCAGGCACUGUACUGUAGAUAUUGCUUCAUGUGGAACACAAAUUCAUUCUCAAACACCACACACACAAUAUGCACUCAUAUCUCAGGCGUUCUACUGUAGAUGACACACAUACACACACAC